AUGCCCGUCGCCACACUGCCGCUCGCCGCGCCCGCACGCACGCGCAACCUGCAGCCCGUCAUGGCCCUCGGCCGCUCCGUCGGCGCCUGCUCCGCCUCGGCCCGCAUGUACGGCGCAUGCGUCCUCGCCAACUACGAGGAGGUGCAGAAGGACAUGUGUGCCGCCGUCUUUGCCGAGUUCAAGAACUGCGUGCAGAAGGAGAUGCGCCGCAAGUGGUAG